AUGGGAGAGAUUGACACACCUUCCUCAAGGCCUAUUGUGGUCAUUGCCUGUCCCCCAGAAGAAGGACAUACAAGACCUCUGCUUCCCUACGCCACCUAUCUCAUCGAACAAGGAUACUAUGUGCACUUCAUCGCAGGCACCGGAUUUGAAAAUACCAUCCGAGAGAUGGGCGCGACAUAUCACAAUGUGCCCAAUGUUUUUACAGCUGAGCAAUUCGAACAGAUGCAGGCCAUUGAAGGCCCGGCGCAGUUGAUUUUUGCCAUGAAGCAUAAUUUCAUCGAUCUUACCCCAGUAGCCAUGAAGGUAGUGCAGGAUGUUCUUGAGAAGAUCCGAGAGGAACACCCGAAUCGCGAGGUCGUGAUUCUCCAGGAGUAUGUGUCUAUGGCUGUCUGGCCAUUCCUCCUCGGAGCGCCAUUGCCUAAAGGUUAUGACCGCUUCCCAAAAGUCAUCAGCAUUGCGACGGUACCUUUGACUCUCUCAAGCAUCGAUACUGCGCCCUUUGGACCUGGUCUGCCGCCAGAUUCAAGCGAAGAAGGGCGUACGCGCAACGCAGAUAUGUACAAGGCAAUGGAGGCAUUGGCGUUCGAACUUGUUGAGUAUGCGGAUUCCGUAUAUACCGCUCUUGGUGCAAAGUCGAAGAUCCCAACAAAGAUGGUGACGGACUUUUGGGCUAUCGGGGCUGACUUGCUGCUGCAGCCUUGUAGCCCGAGCCUGGAGUAUCCGCGAAGUGAUUUAUCUCCCAAGAUCCGGUUCAUUGGGGCAACCCCUCCCCCAAAGGUCAACCCCUCGGUGCUGCUCCCUGAAUGGUGGGAAGAGCUGGUUACAUUGAAACAGGCUGCAGCUCCUAAGAAAGUGAUUUUUGUGGCACAAGGGACCUUUAUUCUUGAUUAUCGCAUGCUCCUCAUACCCACAAUCCAGGCGUUUGCAAAUUGUGACAAGUACAUGGUAAUUGGGGUCCUAGGGAAAAAAGGCGCCAAGCUAAAUGGCAUCGAACUUCCGAAUAAUGCGAAAGUGAUUGAUUAUUUCCCAUAUGAUAUGAUUCUCCCGCACGCCGACGUCUUUGUGACCAACGGAGGAUAUGGCGGUUUUUUACGCAGCGUUAUGCAUGGAGUCCCAAUGGUCAUAGCUGGAACAGGCCAAGACAAGGCCGAAGUGGCAAUGCGUGGCGAGUGGGCCGGGAUUGCGGCAAAUCUACGAUCAAACACUCCUAGUAUUGAGGCCAUACGAGACAGCGUUAAUAGUAUCACCGAGGAUGACAGAUUUAAACGACGGUGUUUGGAAAUAAAACGCGAGAAUGAGGACUUGAAAUGCUUGGUACAGUUAGAGCGCUAUAUUGACGAAAUGGUGUAG